AUGGACAACCAGAGCACCACCAGCAGCAUACCGGGGUACUCCCUCACUUUAAAAUGGAUCAAAAACAUAUUUUCUCGCACAAUAAGGGUAUCCAGAAACGUCCCCAGACAUGUUGGAUUCAUAAUGGACGGGAAUAGACGAUAUGCUAGAAGGAACCAUCUGCAAGUGAAGGAGGGCCACGAGGCUGGGUUCUUUACCAUGAGUAAGAUUUUGGAACUUUGUUACGAGUCAGGAGUCGAAUGUGCUACCGUGUAUGCCUUUUCCAUUGAAAAUUUUAAGAGAAGCCCUCAUGAAGUGGAUGCCCUGAUGAAGUUGGCUAAGGAUAGAAUUAGACAGAUCGUUGCGAGCGGCGAAAUGGCAGAGAAGUAUGGUAUUAAAGUGAGGAUUAUUGGGGAUUUGAGCUUGUUGGAUAAAGAAUUACGUGAUGAUAUGAAUAAUGCAAUGGAAAUUACCAAGAAUAAUAAAAGAGCUGUGCUGAAUAUUUGUUUCCCCUACACGGGCAGAGAGGAAAUUGUGCAUUCCAUGCAGAAUGUGGUGGAGUUGGCACAAGCUAAUAGUGAUGAUCCGAAAUUUAUCAUCGAUGAACAAUUAAUAAAUGCAAAUCUUUACACGGGGGAUCAACCACCUUUGGAUUUAUUGAUUAGAACAAGUGGGAUGGUUAGAUUGAGUGAUUUUAUGGUUUGGCAAGUAAGUAAUAAGGGAGUAGCGAUAGAAUUGAUAGAUUGUCUUUGGCCCGAUUUUGGUCCAUUAAGAAUGGCAUGGAUACUCUUAAAAUUCGUAUUCCAAAAGUCAUUUUCCAAUAGAAAUAAGAAAAUGGAAGAUGAAGAUUUAGAUAUCGAUUUCAAUGAAGAAGAUCAGGAUGAAAUAUCCAUAAAGGCCAAGAAAAGUGCUUAA